AUGUUUUAUUGACAGGUUUUGAGGCUUUUUAAAUCAUUACACAGAACCAGGCAAGAAGUUUUUAAAAAUGAUACCAGAGCCCUAGAAGCUGCAAGACAAAAGAUAAAUGAAGAAUUCAAAAAUCACCAAGAUGAGAAAUCAGAAGAGAAGAUAAAUGAGCUUCUGAAAAUAGCUUCAGAUGUUGAAGUGAUUCUUAGAACUUCUGUUAUUCAGGCUGUUCACACAGAUUCCAACAAAAUAGUGCUCGUACCGAGGAAAGAUCUGCUACAAGACAAUACUCCUUACUUUGAUAAACCAACAAAAAAGCAUGAAUCCUGA